AUGGCUCGUACCAAGCAAACUGCGCGUAAAUCUACUGGCGGUAAAGCACCCCGUAAACAGCUUGCCACAAAAGCCGCCAGAAAGAGUGCUCCUGCAACUGGUGGUGUUAAGAAACCCCAUCGUUACAGGCCUGGAACUGUUGCCCUCCGUGAGAUUCGUCGCUACCAGAAGUCCACCGAACUGCUUAUCCGCAAACUGCCUUUCCAGCGUCUCGUGCGUGAAAUCGCCCAAGAUUUCAAGACCGACUUGCGUUUCCAAAGCUCAGCAGUGAUGGCUCUCCAAGAAGCCAGCGAGGCAUACCUUGUUGGUCUCUUUGAGGACACCAACUUGUGUGCAAUCCACGCAAAGCGAGUUACUAUUAUGCCGAAAGACAUCCAGCUCGCCCGCCGAAUCCGAGGGGAACGCGCUUAA